AUGGUUUUUUCGUCGGCUGAUAUUCAGGAGAGAUUAUGUGGAGUUAGAAAACGGAAACGUACCGCACAAUUCGUGUCGAAGGAGCAGGAGGGGAAAGAAGGUGUUUUGAAGAGAAGAGCUAGGGACGCAGAAACAGUUGAGAGUGAAGUUGAUGCUGCAAGGUGUUUGGCAUUUUCGUACCGGAGGUCAAAAGAUUUGACUGCAAGAGCUUUUCUUGAAGAUCUAAUUGACCGUUUACCUCGUGUCGUUGAAAAGGAGACUUUACAUUCGGCUGCACUGUUAGACGCUAGCGUUCGAAUCUAUUCUUCUAGAGUAGACCUUACUUUGAGUCAAGUUUUUGAGAUAAAGGCGAGUCUUGGAAAAGAAGAGAGCGGUUCUAUUCCUGAUGAUGACUCAAGUGAACUGUCGACGUUAGAGUCUAUUACUAAACCAAGUGAUGUUAAAACAAAAAGCGUUCGACCGGUUCAAAAUAAUACAAAUAUAUCCGAAGAAAUAGAUCAGCCUAAUGAAAACCAGGAUCCUGACAGUGCGGCAAACAUUAAUUUUGGCUUUCACUUCUCAUUUAUUGAGCUUAUUAGGAAAUUCCAAGAAAAUGGCGUGAAACAAGAGCUGUUUUUGCAAGUUUAUUUGAAAAAUAAAGAAGAGGCAUUGACAGGAAAUACUGUGAGACGUGAAAAACUUUCCUCAAUAAGCGAUCGUUCCGAUAACAUUGACGGCCAGUGCGAUAGCACUUCAGUUAUUCCUCUUUAUGAAAGAGCUGCCCGCAAUUACGGCGAUGGUUCUAGUUGUGGAAUGCUUCUUCUGAAUGCGAUUACUGAUGAUAGCAUUCUUUUGGUCGUGAUUCACAACUAUGCAGAAGUUGUGGUAAAUGAUGUAGUUAAGGAAGUUGAUUUAGUGGAAAUGUUAAUACUCUAUGAAUGUGUGUUGGAAAUGGAGAAAUAUUACGAUGUCCCGCAGCAAGACGAGUUGGACGAAAAUCUGUGCUUAGUGGAACAUGAGUUCUGUAUAGCAACACAGCAAAUAUCUCGAUACAAAGAAAGGAAUAUCGGGUUUUUAACCAACUUCUCUGCAAUGACGUCAGAAUCUUUAGCUUUGGUGAAAAUCGCAUUGCGUGGAGUUGAUGGUCCCACGAAAUUAUGGUUUUGCGAGCGAUUGUUUGUCGUUGCAGAUACAUCAUUGCCGUUUUUAAAACCUUCUUUUAUUAGCGGUGACAAUGGACUCUGCAGAGCAAAAGUGCCAAUUAUGGCUGCUAAAUACGCUUUUUUUUAUGCUGAAGAUAGCUGUCAUACUGAAAAGUGUAAGACUGAGGGCUUACCACCGUAUGCAUCUUCCAUAUCUUUUGCAAGAUCAAUCAAAAGAUUUGUUGUGACCAAAAAUGAUUUGGCUCUUCUUUGGAGUAUAAUUUCAAACUAUGAAAGUCGGCGGCUCCUGAAAGCAGCAUGUGACCAGUGGAAAAGAGAGGCUGUUGAGCAUGAUAUGAAACUAGAGGAUAUUGAUGCAGAAGACUUUGUUCAAGACAGUUCAUUAUUUGUUUCUGGAAAAUGUCGAGUGAGCACAGAAAAAGUUGACGAAGAAGGGUGUUAUUCAAAACCACUCUUUAAUGCAGGAGCUAAGCAGGAGAUCUUUAAAAACACUGCAGACGAGUCACAUUGGCAUUUUAGGCUAUCAAAAGGAAGCGGUGCUGUUAAUUUGAAAAACACAGGCCAGAAAAAACUACUAUUUCUCUUCAAUCUCUUAUUAGCAGGAUUUUUUAGUGCUGUUGCACCUUUCAAUAAUAAAAGCGAUGACAUUCUGAACUCUGGCACUGAACGCUUUGAAAACAAUAAUGAAGAGGUAUUGUCGGCUGAAUACGAAGAAGAAGUUAUUACAGGUCCUGAAGGCAUUUUUGCAGAGGCUUUUGGUCUCACUCACUUGGCGAAGAACAGAUAUAUUGACACGCCAUUAAUUAGAGGUGUUAUAUUGGCUGCUCUUACAAAUUUGCAAUGGCUUGAUGAUUUGCCUAGAAGUAACAGUAUGACUUCUAUAGUACCAAAACGAGCCAGGCUGCGAAAAAAACUGAGCCUCUCUUACUUACUUGUUCAAGUUUGCUUUGGAGAUACCAGGAAGUCAACUAAUUUUGCUGUAACUGAUGUUUUUUUGGUAUUGUUGCAACUGUGCAAUGAAAAGGAUUUGGAAUUAUUACAAACGCGGGAUGAACGAGGAAUGAUCUUGUCCAAAAAUUUAGAUGACUUUAUCAUUCUUGUAUAA